AUGGCAACUCGCACGAAAAAGACCAUGGGACAAAGCACCAAACGAGUAUGCACGCGGAGGAGCCGAUCCUUUGGCGGAUGCGUCACGUGUAGAAGUCGUCGCAUGAAGUGCGAUGAAGGGCGUCCAACUUGCUCAAUGUGUAAAGUCUCUGGCCUUGCAUGUGGAGGUUACACAAAAGACAUCUUCUUCGACUUUGAGGAUGGUCCCAUGACUGGGGUUGGUCGAUUUCGCCGCCCCUUGCUUACCGAAAGGGAGCGUGAAUGCAUGAGCCAGCAGAUUCUCGCAGACAUUCCUCCAGCAUUGGCAACUUGGCAUCUUUCUCAGAUUGAUGAUGAAUGCGAUGGCGCAUCUCCAACUAGAGAUAUCCAAAUAUCGCGCGGUCCGUUUGGGGCUUUCAGAGUCACCGGCGAUCCAACGCCACCGGCUUCAUCAGAUUUGCCAUCUCUUCCAGAGGAGGUUUCAACAGUACAUCAAGACCAAGAUGUGUUCCCUGGCGGGGAGGAGUCCCUUCCCCAAGAUGAUGAUGGUCAUGUGGACUUUGUAUCACCAUCCAUAGAACUCGCCACGUUAUCCCCGAAAUUAUCAGGGCGCAGAGGUCGACUAUCUGGAUAUCAGACCCCUUCUGGUUCCAGAGGGGACUGGCUCAAAGUCCUUGACGGGAUUCCUAUGGUCGACUUGCUGGAUAUGGCCGGACACCUGGAGAUUCCCGAGUGGUGGGACACUAUGGGGGUUGAGGCAAUAGAUCCAUGGGCCGGGGUCUCACACACGACCGAUAGAAGGCCUACUACGACGUCUCACCAUCAGCCUACCCCAACUCCCUCUUCGAGUGGACUUCAGAUGUCGCGAGUGGCACCUAACGACUCUCCAAGCUGUUCCUCUUCCACCCCAAGCUCAGGGCCCGUUUCCCUUAGUCUCGAGAACAACGUUCCUCAAGAUGCCGUCUUCUUGCUGAAACACUAUGCUACUACUGUUCUCCGAGGGUUGACGCCUUACCGUCAUAGCAAGACACCAUGGCAUGUGCUAUUCUUACCCCAUGUGAAGAGUUGCUUGGCAGCUCUGACUCUUGGGGAAGAUAUGGACAACGCAAGCCUAUGUGCCUUCUUCGGCACAUUAGCCAUCAGUGCUUUCAGUCUCGGCGGUAUCUAUAGCUCGACAAGAUGGUUGGAUCAGGGCAAAGCAUACCACCAACGUGCCCGCCUACACGUUCGGUUAAUGCUCGAGACCGCAUACAACAUCCCCAAGACAGCCAAGUACAAGUCAAUACUCAUGGCUCUCCUCACCAUGGUGCAGAUUUCUGUUCUUUCCGGGAACCGAGACGAUGCAGAAUACUACUUGCUGGAAACAGAGCAGUUCAUCCGCCUCAGGGGUCUCAACCGAAGAAAGUCUCGAAAGGUCCGGCUGCUCCACCAUUGUUACGUCUUUGAGCGACUUUCCCAUGAAAGUACCUUUACCGAGAGUGGAUCUCACUUGGCUCAUCGCAGCCGGGUUCGUGAGACUAUCGAAUCAAGCGGCGCUGUUGCAUACAGCCAGGAUAGCCUGUCCUUCCGCCUCAGUGAUUGGAGUAACCUCGAUGUGGAAAUGCUCAGGGUCAAGGGGCAAGAGGAGGGCGAAAACGACUUGCACCUCGAGUGUCCUGGCAUCUGGUCUGCCACCCUUUACCCAGAAAUCUUUGGCAUGCCAGAACUGCAUGUUUUUAUGAUAUCACUCAUCAUUCGUCUUGGGCGAGAGAAGAACGGUGGUGACGAGCAGAAGGCGAUACCUGGGGUUGCUUUGAAGCAAUUCCUGGGCCGUGCAAAUGCAGUCGAGCGAUGGGUCAAUCAGCUGCAUUUGCUUCAGAGAUCCAUGUGGAUUGUAGAGGCACCCGCUGACCCAGAGAACGAACAGUCCGUCCCUCUCCUCAAUAUCUUGUCCGACACGAUGCAGCAUGCGCUCGCCGUGUAUUUUUACCGCACAGUCUAUGACCUAGACACCAGCAUGCUCCAAAAACAUGUGGUCGGCGUGCGCGACUGUCUUCUGCGGUUUGAUGCCUCGGAUGCCGGUAUGGGAUAUGGCUCUCUGAGGUUGAUCUGGCCUGCGUUCAUUGCGGCGCGUGAAGCAGAUGAUUCUGAAAUUCAAAGCUCAUUCUCUCAAUGGUUUGAAGAUUCUGCGCGGCGAAGUGGUCUGCGUAUCUUUACAGACACGAAGGAGCGGAUCGAGAAGGUCUGGGAGGAGAGAGGUUUCGCGAAUAGCAACAUUGUACUCGGGUAG